AUGACAAGAAGGUUUUUGAUUGUCGGCUAUGUCAAUGUUUCAUUUAUUUUUGUACAGGCACGUGAGGGCAACCGAAUCGCCGCCAUCUAUAAAGUGGGGAGCGCUUACGAAGAAGCCGUCAUAUUCGAAAUGUUGUUGGUUCUCAUGUUCCUGGCUUGCAUCAUACCAAAUGUCGCAGCUGAAGACAUUAGAGCGACACUAGAGCCUUACUAUAAAGAGCUUGAGGAGGCCGUUGAAACUCGAAACAUAAGCAAAGCUGUUGAACUUUAUCAUAGUCAAGGAGUAAUUGUCAAGAAAGGCCAAUAUGUUGUAUAUGGAAAAGAUGGGAUCACUAAGGACUACAAGGUUGUCUGGGAGAAGCUGGGUCGGCACACUUUACGGAUCACAUUUUAUCUCUGUCCAUCUAUCUCUUUAUUUCAGCUGAGCAACCAAAGUUAUCAAGGGACCGACGACUACAAAAUCGCUGAAUUUGACUUUAAAAUAUUGAAAGAGCAGGUGCCAAAAACUGUUGAAGGAAGUAUGCUCCAUAUCUGGAAGAAAGAUGGCGAAAAGUUGCGUAUUUAUCAUGAGCAGUUUGAAGUGAAGCGAUACUAUUAA